AUGGUUCCUGCAGUUUGCCCUCGGCCUGUUCCUGUCAUCGUUAGCAAAAAGGUUGUUUCUCCCUCUACCUUUUCUGCCUCUCGCAGGUGGAGGGAAUGGAUUGGCAUCAAUCCUUCUGAGUCUGUAGGGCAACACUGCUGGUCGCUCAGGCAAAAGUGCCAAAGGUUGAUCAAGUGGGGCCACAGGUUAUGGAAUAGGCUGAGGUUCUGGCUGGUUCUGCUGGACCUGAACCGGUACAGGGCCUUCUGGUCGUACUGGGGCCUCAUGUUGUUGGAUGGGAAGGGCUCCUACCCCCUGUCCAGCCUGGAUCUCUCCAUGCCCGGGUACUCCAGCUAUUUGUGUAAUGAGAGGGUUCUCCUGGUAUGGCCAUGCUAA